AUGUGCAUCCUCUUUGGGAUCAUCUGUGAUAUCAAGCAAGUGUGUUCACAGCCCAAAUUAAUACAAAGAGUGACUGACGGGACUCCUGAUGGCGUCACUAAAUUGAAAGAAGAAAUCCACAAAGUUAUUAAUCAAAUUCACUCCUUAUCCAGUGAAAAGGGAAAUACACGCCCUACCAGUGUGUCUUCCACAGUAGAGGGUGCUGACUUAGAUGGGUAUUUUGGUGUUCUGGGUAACUUGUAUGCUGUCUUCCAACCACUGCUGAGACAGAAGUUUUUUGAAGACCUUCCCAAAAUUUUAGUUUGUAUUUUAUCUGGGAGACAGGACUGUGGACUCGAAGCAGAGCUGACAAAGACGGUGUCUCUGGAGUUGGGUAGACCACUGCUCACGUUCAUGUCAUCUCUGAGAUCCCAGACAUGCUUGCCACAGGAUGAUGGCUCAGAUACAGAGUCAAACAGUUUCCUGAGGGCUUACUUCAGGAUGGGGAAAUCUACAGCAGCAACAUUAAAUGGUUUUCAGCAGGCAUUUUUAAAUAUAUUGUCAAGUCUCCCUCUUACUGGGAAAUUGAUGACUACUUUGAGUGACAUGGUGGAUGAUGCUGUGAAAUAUAUUUCAACAUUCAUGGCAACAUUGCUCCAAGUACCAAUGGACUACAUCAGAAUAGCCUUACAGUUUGGAAUCAAGAUCCCAUCUUUAAAAGGAAAAGAGACCUGUGAGCAAGGAGAUCUCAAGCAGCUCAUAAUGUGGGGAAUAAACCACAAUGUGAGCUGGUCCUUUGGCAACUCAAUCAUUGACAUCCUUCUGGAAACCUUCCUGCCUUCAGAACAGUCUCUGUGCACAUAUCCAGGGCCAGAGUGCCAGAAUCCUCCCAGCGGCCCUUUCCAACGCAGCGUUCAAGGGGCAGACACUGAUAACAGCCACUUUAUCCUGCUCAAGUGCGAUCGCCACAAUCUGGCCGAGCUCAAUGACACGCUGUGCGCUGAAAUCCUUACAGAUUUGAGAGAGGGAUCCUCCACAUCUGUGCUCACCUUAUGCCAGGCACUUAGCUCCCUCAGUCCCACACAGAUAGAGCAGGUGUGGAGCAACAUUUGUUAUGUUAUUCAAGCACUGGUGUCUCCACUUGUCAGCAAGUCAUCAGACUGCAGCAUAAGUGACACACAGCCUUCCUCUGCCGUCAACUCUUUCUCACAGACUCUCCCACUCCUUCAGUCUGCACCUCACCGAAUAGCCAGAGAUGCCACCAACCUCAAACAGCUGGCCUGCAGCUACAAGAACUGGUUAGAAGACAAGGUGGUGAACCCUGUCCUUGUGUCAUUGUGCAGCGAUAACGAACGUGAGAUGUUUGUGAAGGAGGUGUGUCACAAUGCUGUGUUGAUGAGGAAGCUUAUCUCAGACCAGAUGAACACCUGGCUGUAUGGAUACUGUGCAAACUCAUCAGCAGACUCCACAUACAUGGUGACUCAGUUCUGUGUCUAUGAGGAGUGGAUUGACCAGCCCUCAGUCUUAGUGGACCCAUCUUUACUGGAGUUCUGCAUGAACCUGGACAGUCCCAGGCUGACGAAACUUAUUUGUGAGCAUAACGGAUUCUUCAUGCUUUUGCUGUCCAACCCUGAAAAUAUGCGGUUCAUGCCUAACUGUUCAAGUCUGGCAUCUCCACCAUCAAUCCCUGACCUGGACUCACUUAUGCUAAAUUCUUGUCGCUACUCUGAAUGGCAUGAUGUGACGCAGAUUACUACUGAUAUUUUGUCAAAGUGCAUCCUGCGUGAUCCCAAAGGUUUUACAAGAGAGGUUUGCUCCAAUCAAACGUUUCUAAAUAGCCUGCUCCGCAUGAGGGAAAAUUCCUGGCUUGGGAGUCACUGCAACACCACCGUGACUUUUCCACCCACCGAGGCACCCAAGCCCUUCAGCAUUGCAGACUGGUGUGACUACCACACAUGGGCAGACCGUCAGGUAGACGAUUCAGUGGUCGGCCUGUGUUGGCAGUAUGAUCAGCUUGCUUUUCAGAAGAAUGUCUGCUGCAAGGCGUCUGUGUUUGAAAAGCUGAUACAAGACCCUCAGAACAAAUGGGUAAAAUCAGUCUGUGCAGACAUGAAGGAAAUUGAGGAAAUAGAGGUUUUACCACAGGUGUGCAAGUACUCCGAGUGGACCCAUCCCAUCAUCGUGGACAUGACUGAACUAGCUCUCUGUGCUGAGAUCGACCCACUUAACUUCACCUCCAAAGUCUGCUCCAACGAAACAGUCCUCCAGAACCUGCUGGCCAAUCAGGACAACACCUGGUUAAUUCAACACUGUGCCAACCAUUCAAAACCAGGGGUUUCUCCUGGUGGAGGUGGGGGACAGGGAGGAGGUGUGACGGGAUUCAUCCCUGCAGAGCAGUGCCAGUACUCAAGCUGGAGCGUAUCCCUUCCAGAUGCAGCGCUCCUGACUCUCUGCUGGGAGCAUGAUCAGACAAAAUUUGUAUCAUCUAUCUGUCCCAAUCCUGGGCUUCUCUUUUUGCUUGCCCGUGAGCCGUCUAGUAAGUGGGUGAGCUCUAUGUGUACCACCUUCACCAACUACACCAGCACCAAAAACACCACUACAGAGCAUAAUGUUUGCCUGGCCAAAAAACUGGUGAAGCAGUUCAACUGGACCUGCUCUGCUGACUUCACCUCAGCCUGCCAGCCUGGGGCAAGUCAGAAUAUGGUUCUGCAGAUGAUGGUGCGCUGCUGGGUGGAGAGUCUAAGGUUCAGGGUGGGGGAUCUGGUGACUCCAUCUGUGGCUACUACAAUGGAGCAGGCAGUCAGCACUACUGUGGUGGUCCUGCUGGCCUUGGAGGAAAUCCAGAACACCUCACUGCAUGUCACUGAGAACAUAAGACUUAGUGUGCUGUCAUCUGUGGUUCGCUAUCUCGAGCGGGACGACGACCCUGACAAAAAGAGGGUGUUGCUGCAGUGUUUUGGGAGAGUACUAACCAGCUUGAUGCAGACGGCCAGAGAUUUGACCAGUGAUGAAUUCUUCAUCAUUAAGGAGUACUUCAGUAUACCACUGAGCAGCCUGAGGUCAGUGCUCAGUGCAGCUCACAUCACCACUGUCAGACUGAUCCUUCAGUAUUAUAGCAGAAACAAGGAUACGCUGCAGUUGCCAGAUAAGUACCUGUCCACCAUGGUAUCAGUGCUGUUCCAGAUCCACCUGGUGAAGGAUGGCAGUCUCUUCCCUGAGCUGGCUCCCCUGCUGGCUGCAGCCAGCCCAGCUGACAUCCAUGCUUUGCCUCCACUGCAAAACAACGCCAAUGUGAGGGAGACUAUUAACAGAUACUUGAGGCACAUGUCUCUGGAUCAGCGUCGAGCAUUUGGCAUGUGGUACAGCAACAUUGUUCCCCCCUCUAACAUCACCAGAGGUCAUCAGUCACUGAUCAGGGACACUGGAAACUUGAUCGCUUACCUGCCCUUCCACAACUUCCAACACCUCUCACCUGCUCAGUUAUUGGAUGGACUGGAUGUGUUGCAAAGAAACACCCUUAGUCCCUUUAAGCAGGAAUUCAUAGCACAGAGCAUCAUCAGCACCUACAGAAACUUGCCAGCUCAAGAUUUGACCAGGCUGGGUCAUCUCUCGUGCCUGGCAGACCCAAACGACCUCCUGGUAUACAAAGAUACCACAAAUUUCAGUGUCAUACAGGGAUUCGUCAUGAACUGCACACGUGAGGGACGCAGCCUGCCCAGCCACAUGACUUCCAGCGUGUUACUGAGCAGCGCAGAGUUAAAUGUCCCAUCCUUGCUCAACCCUGACCGACUGGCAGAGCUCGCCCAUCUCCUGCCCUUGCUGGGUGUGACUUUCCUGCAGCAUCUCACGUCAUCACAGCUACCCGCCGCUCUUCCUGCUCUUGACUCUGUGCCUUUCAGUCCUGUACAGGCCUCCAUAAUUGUAGACAAGCUGUCGUCAACUAGCACACUGAGCACUCCCGGCCGGCUGAAGGAGCUCGGCUACCUCAUAGUGGGAGUAAAGACAGAGGCCUUGUUGAUGCUGACCUCUGACAAGCUGCUGUCAUCCCUGCCUGCCAUGGCCCAGCACACACCAGGCUUCAGCCCACCACAAGCAAACGCUAUCUCAACCAAACUAUGGGGCUUUCCAGAAGUGGUCGGCUGGUUGGAUGAUGUAGAACCUCUGCUCUAUUUCACACCUCUGCUCAGUAUCCUGCCCAGGACUCGUCAGCUUGUGACCAACGUGACCACUGCAUCCACAAAACCCUGGAACACACAGCAGGCUAAAGCAAUAUUCAAUGAGAUGCUUGCUACUAAUCCAAACCUUAUCAAGGAAGAUUUCCUGAGUCUUGGAACAGUGGGUCAGGGUGUGACCUGUGAGGCCUUACAGGAGCGCUUCAGAGCUGAUUCUUCACCCUCGUCAGUAAGAAGAAUCCUGGCUUUCCUCAGGCAGCAGCCCAGUCCUCUGCACACCUCGCUGAAAAAGUGUGUCAUCGACGAGCUGUAUCAGUUUGAGUUCUUCUCUCAGUUGCUUGAAGGUCUUGGAGCUGAGAUUGCCCUGUCCAUGCCGGUGAGCACCAUUAAAAAGUUCUCUUCAGAUUUGAUGGACACUCUAAGGAAGAUAAUUAUUAAGGACCCUCAUCAAUUUAUUGUGCUGUCAAGAACAAAACAGGAGCUCCUGGUGGACAAAAUGGUGCAGAGGAUGGGCAUGUAUACGGGUGUGUUCACUGAAGAGGAGUUCCGUUCACUGGGCAUUAUGGCCACGUUUGUGGUGGACGAGAUAUUUGUUCAGGUGGACCGCAGCUCCUUCACUGACAAUCUGGAUUUCCUCUGGGGGCUUUGUUACAGCAGUAGCAAGAUGGACAUUGUGGCUCGUAUCCUGCAAGAACCCGCCGCCUUCGGCCCAGUCCAGAGCUGGAACCAGACUACACUCAGUCAGAUGGACAGAUUUCUCUUCUUCUUGCCCAUGGAAAGUCUGCAGAAGAUUUCUCUGGAAUUGAUGACUGUUGGGCGGAUAGAGAAGCUGUUCAUGAGCCAGCAUCAGUGGGAACGUGGGGAUGUGGGGAUCCACUGUUUAAACAAGAACGAGAGGACACGUCUUUUUGAAAAGCAACAGUUUGUUCUUCAGUUCUUCCUCGGCUUCCUCAAAAUAAACCCUCUGUCACCGACUCCUAUGGUUCCUACCUGUGAGAUUCUGCACACAACCGCUCCCUCUGCCUGGACCUCCAACAGCCUGACAAGCAUGUCUUCAUCGGCCUUCUCCAACUGUCUGGAGCUGAUAGGUCAAGACCCUUUCCUUGCAUCAUACCAACGCAGCCAGGUCAUCACAAAAGUCAAACAGAUGUACGGCCCCGUCUCCUCCUUCUCCCAGUCUGUAAUCUCUCAGCUGGGUGGACUAGCUGUAGAGCUGUCAUCAGAGGAGCUGAUUGCACUACGAUUGAUUGAGCGGAGAAGCAUCGCUUCUAUGGGCGCUAUCAGUACCUGGAGCAACAGACAGCUGGCUGCACUGUUUACCACCGUUUUAAACUCCACCAAGCAGAGUCCGAGUCAGCUUGAUUCCAGCACACUGGUUGCAAUGGGAUACAUUGUGUGCGGAGCUAAAACCACUGAGAUGAACACCUUCAAUGCUGUAGAGUUUAGUAAGGCAGUGCUCUGGCUGGGUCAACUGAGGCUGUCCUGCUCAGAGGAGCAGCUGCUGUCACUUGUAGGGCUGCUGACCCACAGCCUUGCUUUUGGACUCAUGAGUUCAUGGAGAACUGAUGUCUUCAUCGAGAUUGGGGUUCUGGCAGCUGGCCUUUCAGAUAUGGCCAUGUCUGCCUUGGUGAAAGAGCAAAUUGAAGGAAUCACGCCUAUGGCUAUUUCAAUGAUACCACCUAAAAGAUUUGCUGUGGUUUUCCGGCAGCAACAGAUCAGCAUGUUCUCCUAUGAGCAGGCCGCUGCAGUAACUGAUGAGCAGCUGUCAGCUCUGUCAGAUGUCCAGAAGACGGCUCUGGCUAUGGUGCUGACGCCCUGGGAGGACCGGCCUGUAGAUUUCAGAGGAAGGUCACUGGGGCCGGCACUGAGCCACAGUCCUCUAUGCCUGAUACUUGGACUGCUGAUGCUGCUGAUCGUCCCGCCCUGCCCUGACCUGAUCUGCCCUGGCACAUGA